AUGCCAGGUGAGCAAACAGACGUCAGAUAUAAAACGACCUCCGUCAGGAGAGCUCCACACUUCCAACUCUGGCUUCGAAGGAGAAGAGAAAUGGGAUCCUACACCUUCUGCUGGGUGGCUGCCAUCCUCAUCCUGGGGGCUCGAGCCUACUUACCCGUCAACUACAAGUGCGGGGUGCAGCCCAAGUCCAGAGACGAAUGUGGAUAUCCUGGAAUUACAGCAGAUGAGUGCGGAAAGACCGGGUGCUGCUUCGACGACUCCGUGCCUGAUGCCAUCUGGUGUUAUACUCCAUGGAAAUUUGAAGCCACAAAAUGUAAUCCAUCCAGACCCAAAUCCAGACUAGACUGCGGAUAUCCAGGAAUCUCCGAGAAAGACUGCACAGACCGUGGAUGCUGUUUCGACUCUGCCAUUCACCGAGAUGUACGGUGCUACCUGCCCAAAACACAAGCAAGAGAGGCCGGACCUGGACGGAGGUAA